AUGAGUGACGUCCUCAGUCUUGUCACCAACAUAACUAGAAGUAGCUCCACAGAGCCUGGUGGUAUUUCGCUCAGGAGACCGAUGAAUGAAGAUGAACAUAUCCCACUCACCCUCGCUGCAAUUUACGAUAACAAGCCGACGUUGAAAUCUUUACGUGGAUAUCAUACUACUAAGGAUGAUGGUGGCAAGCAUGGGUACUUUCGUGAACUCAUAGGGUCUCUAUUUCUAGAUGAUGCUGUGAAUAAGAUUAUGUUCACAAAAUUUAUUAAAACCGAGAAAUUUGAUUUGGCACUGAAGCACUUGGAAUGCGAAUAUGAUUCUAAUGUAAUUAAGGAGUAUUUGAAAGAGAACUUGAAUAGAAUGGCAAUAAUGGUUUUUGCGUUCUCAAGUGGAAAUCAACUCGGAUAUUUUAAAAGCUUGACUUACAUGUCGAUCCGGCUCCGAUUUGUAAAAAGAGUAACGUCAAAUGUUGCUAAAGCAAUGGAUACAAAAGCAGGGAGGGCUGUGAAAGGAAUUUAUUGGACUGAGGGCUGCGAUAGGAUUAAUUUCAAAUCAAAGUUGUGUUUUCCAAUAUGGACUUUUGAUCCUGAGUAUGCUGAAAUAUACGUUGAGGCAAUAAAAAUAGCCAUCAAAUAUGGGAAUGGUGAAUUUGUUGAGGAAGUCCUGAGGUCGAAUCCUGCUUUCUUAUGGGGCGAUAAGAAAAGCGGAACUAUAUUUCACAUUGCACUUGCUUCCCAUCAGGAGAAAAUAUGGAACCUCAUUUAUGGUUUAACUAUUGAGCAAAAAAACAGAGCCACUGGAACUCUGGUAGAAUCGAACAGUAUGUUACACAUAGCUGCAUACCCAUUAGUAGACGUUCCAGAUGAAGCUUUACAGAAAAAAGGAGAACAACAGUAG